AGCCGAUUCCAAAUCAAGCUGGAUCUCCCCGUCUCCCCGGCCCCAGUAUCUCUCUAUCAAAAAAUCCCCCUUGUCUGCGGCGCCGAGGAGGAUUGAGGAAGGAGAGGAAGUGCAAACCAAAAAGAAAAGGAUGCUGCGGCAGGUGGCGAGGCGGCUGAUGAGCAACAUGCCGGAGAACACGGUGUAUGGCGGGCCGAAGCCGCAGAGCCCGAACCGGCGGGUGACGGUGACCCACCUCCGGCAGAAGCACCAGCGCGGUGAGCCCAUCACCAUGGUCACCGCCUACGACUACCCCUCCGCCGUCCACAUCGACUCCGCUGGCAUCGACGUCUGCCUCGUCGGCGACUCCGCCGCCAUGGUCGUCCACGGCCACGACACCACCCUCCCCGUCUCCCUUGAUCAGAUGCUUGUCCACUGCCGCGCAGUCGCCCGCGGCGCCUCCCGCCCGCUCCUCGUCGGCGACCUGCCCUUCGGCUCCUAUGAGUCCUCCCCCUCCCAGGCGGUGGACACGGCGGUGAGGUUUCUCAAGGAAGGUGGGAUGGACGCCAUCAAGCUGGAAGGGGGCGCCCCCUCUAGAAUCACGGCGGCCAAGGCGAUCGUCGAGGCCGGGAUUGCGGUCAUGGGGCACGUUGGUCUAACUCCACAGGCCAUCAGCGUGCUCGGCGGCUUCAGGCCCCAGGGCAAGACGGUCACCAGUGCUGUCAAGGUUGUGGAGACUGCGCUCGCCUUGCAGGAGGCUGGAUGCUUUUCGAUUGUCUUGGAGUGCGUGCCGGCACCGGUGGCAGCUGCAGCUAGUUCUUCCCUCCAAAUUCCAACCAUUGGCAUUGGGGCCGGGCCGUUCUGCAGUGGUCAGGUGCUAGUUUACCAUGACUUGCUGGGCAUGUUACAACACCCUCAUCAUGCUAAGGUUACUCCUAAAUUCUGCAAACAAUUUGGGCAUGUGGGGGAUGCCAUCAACAAGGCUCUAUCAGAGUACAAACAAGAAGUGGAAAACCGAUCAUUUCCAGGUGCAGCUUACACGCCAUACAGAAUAAGUGCAACUGAUGUUGAUGGGUUUCUGUACGAGCUACAAAAGAUGGGCUUGAAUGAAGCUGCCACAGCAGCUGCUGCUGCUGCUGAGAAUGUUGAGACAGCUGGGAGACCUUCGAAAGACACAUGCUGAGUGUGGAUUUUGCUUUCAACAGCCAGGUCUCUCUGAUAGUUUUAUCUUAUGUUUCUAUUUUCUUUUUCCUCGUAAGGAUGGUUUAGCAAACAUUUUUUUUCCAAGAAAAAGCUGCCCCUUGCAGAAUGGAAAUGGAUAUGGAUCUUUUUGCUAAAAUGUUUUUUAUUUUCACACUACAAGAUGUUUCUUCGCUUAAAUUUAUAUCUGGCCCAAACAUGUUUCUCUUACUCUCAAUAAGUACAGGAGUGUGGUUCUAGAGCUUGUCAUAUA